AUGUUGCUACGAGAAUCUCUCCGCCAGGCACCCCGCGCCAUGGGUAUCUUCUCGCCAAGUCGAUUUGCCCCUAGCAGGCGGACACUCAUCACCACUCCCAUCCGGCUCAACUCGUCACAACAGCAGCCGAGUUCCUAUCGGGAAGGGAUGGAGAGAUAUAAAACCUUUACUCGCCCCUUUGGCAAGGUCUUCUUGGGUGCCGUGCUGGUUUACCAGGUGAUCUACUGGUCAUGGCUGAAGCUUGAGAUGGAUGAGUCUAAGCUGGAGAAGAACGGUAUUCUUCGUCUCCGCUAUAGUGCCUACAUCACAUGUACUAACGAGACUCUAGAAGAAAUGUCUGCCUUGGAGAAAAAGGCCCGGGAGCUGGCUGGCUCCAAGAAAUGA